AUGCCAAAUAAAGAAAACAACACACGUCUAACGUACUUGUACCAAUUGAGCAACAUGUUCACUACAUCCACCACAAGCACCACCCGUAACUCAGCAUCUAUACUAGCGAGAGGCUACGACCGCAACUUCGACCUCAUCGCGAAAAAGACCGUGUCCAAAAUCUCGCCCAAUGUGAAACGCACCAUGUGCAAGCGAUGUCACUGCUUGCUCGUGCCUGGCCUAACCAUGUCGAUGCGGAUUGAAAACUUGAGCAAGACAAAAGACGAGAAACUGGAUGUGCUUAUAUACGAAUGCUUGCAAUGCGGUCAGUGCAAGAGGUUCCCCGUGGGGCGGGACCGCGAGUAUGUUCCGUUCCACGAACGAAAUACCGUGGUGACCACCAGCUGA